AUGUGCGGUAUCACAGCGGCUAUUACGCUCCAGCGGAGCGGCUCCUUCAACGGAAGCAAUGACGGCGCCGACUCGAGUGGAGAACACGCCGCUCUUCGUCAGCAGCUCCAGAAGAGUCUCGAGUCCAUUGCCCAUCGCGGCCCGGAUGCAUCUGGUGUCUGGGUUAGCGACGAUGGGACCAUCGGCCUGGGCCACGCUCGACUGGCCAUCAACGACUUGUCCCCAGACGGAGUGCAGCCCAUGCACAGUGACGAUGGCAAGAUCCACGCCGUGGUGAACGGCGAGAUCUACGACCACGACGCCAUCAGAGAACGGUUGAUCCAGGACCACGGGUACAAGUUCAAGGGUCACUGCGAUAGCGAGGUCUUGGUCGCCCUGUACAAGGUCUACGGUGCCCCUGGCUUUUUUGAACACCUGCGCGGAGAAUUCUCCUUCGUCGUGUACGACGAGAACGACGGCCGGGUCAUUGUUGCGAGGGACAGGUUCGGCAUCAAGCCCAUGUUCGGAACCCUCCAGGGCGAGGGCGCCAGCAAGCGGAUGCUUCUUACCUCGGAGAUGAAGGGAUUUCUGGCCUUGGGCUGGGAGCCUCAGUGGAACGUCCACGGUCUGCUGAGCGGAUCCUCGAUGCAGGCGCACAACACCGUCUUCAAGGACGUCUGGAAGCUGAACCCCGGCACUUGGAUGGAAGUUUCACCAGACGGCGAGGUCCAGCACCACCAGUACUGGGACCCCGAUUUUAACGAUAAACGACAAGAGGAGACUCGGAGUGUGGAUGACAUGAUCCAGGAAGUGAGGCAGCGCCUGAUAGAAGCAGUGAAGCUUAGGCUUCGCGCCGAUGUCCCCGUGGGCAUUUACCUGUCUGGAGGUAUCGACUCGUCCGUCAUCGCAGGCAUUGUGACAAAACUUGUACGCGAAGAAGGGAUCAAACUGGGCAAUCAGGACGCGACGAAGCGUAUUCACUGCUUCACCAUCCAGUUCCCAGAAGCCUCGGGCUUCAAUGAAGCUGAUAUCGCCGAACGGUCCGCUGAGUGGCUGGGCGUGCAAAUUCUGAAGAAAGACAUGGACGAAGCCGCGCUGGCCGACAACUUUGCCGAUGCGGUCUACCACACGGAGCAUCACAACUUCGAUCUGAACAGCGUGGGCAAGUUCUGCCUUUCCACGCUGCCGAGGGAGCACGGCGUGCCCGUCGUGCUCACGGGCGAGGGCGCUGACGAGCACUUCGCGGGCUACCCGUUCGUGCUGCCGGCCUUCCUGAUGGAGCCCGAUGCCGCGUGGCCCCAGUCCACCAUGACGGACGAGGUCCGUGGGGACAUGUUCAAGGAGAUGUCGCAGGACCUCAAAGUGAUGUUUGACCGGAUCGGAAUGUUCGAGGACGAGUCGGCCUCGGGGGGUUCCAACACAUCGAUGCGUUUGGAGCCUGAGUGGAAUGCGUUCUCGCCAUGGGUGCGCGAGACCUACACAGCGCCUCCCUUUGCCGAAACGGCGUUCGCGCCCGAGGUACUCGGCAAGAUGAUGACCAAAUGGCACCCGCUGCACACGAGUCUCUACCUGUACACCAAGGGGACGCUCGCCAACAUGAUCCUGACGUGCCUGGGCGACCGCACCGAGAUGGCGCACAGCAUCGAGGCGCGUCCGCCGUUCCUGGACCACCACCUCGUCGAGUACGUCAACAACCUGCCGCCGAGCGUCAAGGUAGCAUACCUGGAAAACGCCGGUGGGGAGACGGGCGCGGUCGGAACGGGGGCGAGCCUGUGGUGGAAGGACCUGAGCCCGGCGCGACAGAAGCUCAGCGAGAAGUGGAUCCUCAAGGAGGCCGGCAAGCCAUUCAUCACGCAGGAGCUUUACGAGCGCAGGAAGCACCCGUACACGGCGCCGCUCAAGUGGCCGCGCGGGGGGCCGAUCCACAAGAUGAUGGUGGACUUGAUCAGCAAGGACAACAUCGAGAGCCUGGGCUUCAUCGAGUGGGACAGCGCGAAGAGGUGGCUCGAGGAGGGGUUCGGCGACGACGCGAGCCCGAGGGCGUUCCGGAAGCUGAUCUGCACGGCGUCGUGGGUGGUGCUCGGCCAGCGGUUUGGCGUGAAGACGGCCACCAAGGAGCAGUGGUGUGCGUAG